AUGCUUAAGUGGCUUCCAGAGUCUCCUAGGUGCUGUGUUGGCCCUAACAGGAACCCGCAGGAUUCCCGCUGGAACUCAUUAAUGGAAAAGGAAAAUUUUCACCAAGGUUUUCUAUACAAACUCAGAUCAGCCAAAGAAAUUUGGAAGGAAGGAAGAGUCAGUCCAGAACAAGAAGCAGAGGAGUUAGAGGAUCUAUAUGAAGAUGAGCCUACAACCAAGACUUCUGGCAGUUUCUUUGGUUCUGGAGAGAUCAAGAGAGAUCCAAGAUCCACGUCUAGAGGUUCUUAUAAAAAGCACCAAGCAGCAGUCACUGGAGAGCUGCUUGCUGAGGCCAAAGGGAAGGGGCAGAUUUCAUUCAUUCCUCCAGCUGAUCAUUUUUACACCAGGAACAACAGAUUCUCUGAAGAAGCUCAAGGUCACAUUCCAGGAGCUAGAGAGCUGACACAGCAACCCUUGAAGGGAACUGUUGCUGACCAACUGUCCAGAGAAAAUUCAGUAGAAAUGACUGGAAAACCAGCAAGAGACAAAGAGCCAGAGGAAACCAUUGUCUCUGAAUCUAAUUCACUGGAUUCCAAUGAUGGCUUUAUCUCUAGUCCAUUCCGGUCCAUGAAUCACAUCAUGACAAUACCCCGGAUCAUCCUAACUCGCCCUUCCACUUCGGAUGAGGACUUUGACCUAUUAUCUCAAGAUCCAGAGGAUUCCAAUAUAAAAGAUAUCACUGUUGAUGGUAUCGCUCUGCAUUCGGACUGUUUGAAUAAUGCUUCUUAUCCUCCCUAAUAAAGUAUUCCCCCUGAAGAGCUUGUUUCUCAUUGUUAAACUUCUUCAAACAUGGAACCACUAUGCCUUAUUCAUAAUUUAGCAGGUUUGCACGGAUGUCGACUUUUAAUUGGAACAAAUAAAACUCUUCUCUGUUUAAUUCAACUUGCCUUUACAAUGAGAAAGAUGCUUCCUUUGGGAUUCUAUGCACUUGGAAAUGUGAUCAUUUGAAUAAAGUGACAUUCAUGGUUAUCUC